AUGCCGUUCCCGACCGCCGCCGCGGUCGCCGGCGACGUCAGGUCGUCCCUGGCGCUGGCGCUUGUGCUGGCGCACGACGACAUGGCCGUCUGGAAGGGCGCCGGCUUCGAGCUGCCCGAGGUGAGGGAGGGCCACCCGCCGGCGCCGCCGUACCUGGCCGCGCUGCUGAGGGACAAGGCGCCGUACCCCAUGAUGAGGUCGAAGCUGGUGCUCCGGUCGGAGGCCAUGGACGGCGCCACGUUCGGCGGCUACUGGUACAUGACCGACUCCAGGUGCGACAGCAAGGACGAUGUGACCGGCGAGGCCAUGGGCAUCGUGGCGACCUCCAUCGGCAAGGUCCGCGACGGCGAGGCCUACAUCGCCACCCGCAAGAGCUUCUUCCCGGAGUCGUGGAAGGCCGUCUCUGAAUUCCUCGCCGUGAAGCCAUGA